GCGAUAAUGGCACGGCAAACAAGCAGACUGGAUCAGAAAAAAAUCUGCUGUUCGAUCUGUUUGGAUCUCCUGAAGGAUCCGGUGACUAUUCCCUGUGGACACAGCUACUGUAUGAAGUGUAUUAAAAGCUACUGGGAUGAAGAGGAUCAGAAGAACAUCCAGAGUUGCCCUCAGUGCAGACAGACCUUCAUACCGAGGCCUGCUCUGAAGAAAAACACUGUCUUGGCAGAGUUAGUAGAGGAGCUGCAGAAGACUGAACUCCAAGCUGAUCAUGGCUAUGCUGGACCUAAAGAUGUGGCCUGUGAUGUCUGCACUGGGAGGAAACUGAAAGCCAUCAAGUCCUGUCUGCAGUGUCUGGUCUCUUACUGUGAGCAGCACCUCCAGCCUCACUAUGAAUCUACUGCCUUUGAGAAACACAAGCUGGUGGACACAUCAAAGAGGCUUAAGAAAAUCAUCUGUUCUCAACACAAUGAGGUGAUGAAGAUAUUUUGCCGCACUGAUCAGCAGUGUAUCUGUUAUUUGUGCUCCAUGGAUGAACAUAAAGGCCACGACACAGUUUCAGCUACAGCAGAAAGGAAUAAAAAGCGGAGAGAACUUGGGGUGAGUCGAAAGAAAAUCCAAGAGAGAAUCCAGGACAAAGAAAAAGACAUAAAGGUGCUUCAGGAGGAGGUGGAAGCCAUCACUCAGUCUGCUGAUAAAGCAGUGAGGGACAGUGAGAAGAUCUUUAAUGAUGUGAAACAGCUGAUCAGAUCUCGUCAGAAAGCUGAAGUGUGUCGUGCAAGAGAGCUUCAGGACAGAAUAGAGAAUGAGAUCACUGUGCUGAAGAGGAAAGAUGCUGAGCUGGGGCAGCUCUUUCAUACACAGGAUCACACCCACUUUCUCCAGACGUACACCUCACUGUCACAUGUGCAUGAAUCUGUUGGAUCACUCGACAUUAAAACAUGUACUUUGCAGUACUUUGAGGAUGUGAUGACAGCUGUGUCAGAGUUCAAACGUAAAAUACAGGAAAUCCGUUUUGGCGCCGCAGUCUCACAGUUGGAGGGGAAAGUGGAUGCAGUAAUGUCUCGACCUGAACCCAAAACCAGAGCUGAGUUCCUCCGACUAUCACAAGAACUAACGCUGGAUUUUAACACAGCAAACACAAGUCUCUUAUUUGAAGGGGACAAAAAAGUCAAAUGUAUGAGUAAAAAAAUUUUAUAUAGUCAUCACUCAGACAGAUUCAUCAACAGACAUCAAGUCCUGAGCAGAGAGAGUCUGACUGGAUGUUGUUACUGGGAGGUGGGGUGGAGUGGAGGAGCACUUUCAGUGGCAGUUUCAUACAAGAAUAUCAGCAGAACAGGAGAUGAAAGUCUGUUUGGGAACAAUGACAGUUCUUGGGCACUGGAGUGUUUCAAAAAUGGUUAUGAACUGAGGCAUAACAAAAUCAGAACUGUCAUUUCAGGCCCUCAGUCACCCAGAAUAGGAGUAUACGUGGAUCACAGAGCGGGUAUGCUGUCGUUUUACAGUGUCUCAAAGACCAUGUCUCUCCUGCACAGAGUCCAGACCACAUUCACUCAGCCACUCUACGCUGGAUUUUGGCUUUAUGUUGGAUCGUGUGUUGAGCUGUGUGAGCUCAAGUAGUCUAGAAAAAGAGGUCUCUCCUAAAGAGGUCAGGCAAAAUAUAUCCAUUUCCUAUUAAUGCAGUCUGAUAUACCAUUAUUUCUUUCCUCAUCUUUUACUUUUAACAAAGGAGAAAUGAAUGACAGUUGAACUUGUUGUUGGUUGCUAGAAGUUACAUUGCAAAAGCCUGUAAAAGCACCAAUUGUGAAUUGGGAAGUUAAAAUUUUGGACAUGAAGCUAAUGGAUCUUACCAUUGUCAUGUUCUUAGGAAAUUAAAGAUGAUAAGUUUUUGUCAUUUUAAUUUAUUUUCUUUUUCUAUCUGUUUUAUUGUUGGGAUUUUUUUCUCUAGGACUGGGCAUUGCAAAAUAGCACAGAUUAUAAGUGCAGUGAUGUGGCAUGGGCCUGUGUUACUUGCUAUAAAAAUGAACAAAGAAAUUUUAAAAAGUAAUUAAAAAUCUUUAACUGGAGGUGAGAAGACAGUGUGUCACAGCUUCCCCAUUUAAGCAAAAACAAAAAUUGCCUGAAAUUGAUUACCUCAGUAAGUGUGUGUGAUAGAGAUGACUUCAGAUGUUGAGGAAGAACUCAAUUGCACAAGGCACCUGGACUGUUAAGGA